ACCAGACUUGUCUAUGGUUCGGGCUGCAACGGCUUCUAGCCUACAGAAAGCUAGCGCGUUAGCUUCACCCUCAAAAACAAUGAAUCACACAUCCACGGCUGCCUACAUAACAGUAGUAUGAUCGGUUUGGAUAGGGUUGACAAGGAAAGCACGGACACCGACAUAUUUCUGUUCUUUUAACAACGGAUUCGUUAUCCUCCCCGCUCGAGUCGGGCAAAACCACCGUUCGCGAUGGGUAAGGAGGUGAACGGGGUCUCGCGGAGUCGGUUUGAGAUGUUCUCAAACAGCGAUGAGGCUGUGAUCAAUAAGAAGCUGCCCAAGGAGCUGUUGCUUAGAAUUUUCUCUUUCCUGGAUGUGGUGACGCUGUGUCGGUGUGCACAAGUUUCCCGGUCGUGGAACGUGUUGGCUCUGGAUGGCAGUAACUGGCAGCGCAUUGACCUCUUUGACUUCCAGAGGGACAUUGAGGGCCGUGUGGUGGAGAACAUCUCGAAGCGGUGUGGGGGGUUUCUGCGAAAGCUGAGUCUCAGAGGGUGUCUGGGCGUCGGAGACAGUGCACUCAGAACUUUUGCACAGAAUUGCAGAAACAUCGAGCUGCUCAGUCUCAAUGGCUGCACCAAGAUCACUGACAGUACAUGUAAUAGCCUGAGUAAGUUCUGUCCCAAACUGAAGCACCUGGAUCUUGCCUCCUGUACCUCAAUCACCAACCUGUCACUGAAAGCACUUAGUGAGGGAUGUCCUCAGUUGGAGCAGUUGAACAUUUCCUGGUGUGACCAGGUCACUAAGGACGGGAUACAGGCGCUGGUGCGAUGCUGCCCUGGACUCAAAGGCCUCUUCCUCAAAGGCUGCACUCAGCUGGAAGACGAGGCUCUGAAGCACAUCGGAGCUCACUGUCCAGAGCUGGUCACACUCAACCUGCAAACAUGUUCGCAGAUCACAGACGAAGGCCUGAUCACAAUUUGUCGAGGGUGUCACCGUUUGCAGUCCCUGUGUGUGUCUGGCUGUGCAAACAUCACAGACGCUAUCCUCAACGCACUGGGACAGAACUGCCCACGCCUCAGAAUACUAGAAGUGGCUCGCUGCUCCCAGCUCACAGAUGUGGGCUUCACCACACUAGCACGGAACUGUCAUGAGCUGGAGAAGAUGGACCUGGAGGAAUGUGUGCAGAUCACAGAUGGGACACUCAUACAGCUGUCCAUCCACUGCCCCCGUCUUCAGGUUCUGAGUCUCUCCCACUGUGAGCUGAUCACGGACGACGGCAUCAGGCACCUGGGCAGCGGGCCGUGCGCCCACGACCGCCUGGAGGUGAUCGAGCUGGACAACUGCCCUCUGAUCACAGACGCCUCGCUGGAGCACCUGAAGACCUGCCAUAGCCUGGACCGCAUCGAGCUGUACGACUGCCAACAGAUCACGCGCGCCGGCAUCAAGCGCUUGAGGACUCACCUGCCCAAUAUUAAAGUGCACGCCUACUUCGCUCCUGUGACUCCGCCUCCAUCAGUCGGCGGCAGCCGUCAGAGAUUUUGCCGCUGCUGCAUCCUGCUAUGAUGUUACCACGACAACCACUGCACCAGGAUUACCUGACCCCUGACCCCAGGUGCACGUGGCGCCACGCCCCUGAAGAAGCUGCUGCGAGCGAAACAGAGACCGAGACAGAGAGAGAGAGAGAAAGAGAGAGAGUACCACUUUUAUAUAUACAGUACACACACACACACACACACACACACACACACACACACACACACACUCCAGACCAAUACAGACCUGCACAGUAAAUACAGACCUUCUGUGCACACAUGUGUACACACACACACACACACACACACACACACACGGUCACUGCAACGCCACUACAUUCCUGCUCUUCCAGGGCUGCGUUCAUGAUCAGUGGCUACUUCCUUGAGGGCUUGGUCGGCGAGUCCUGGAGGCUUGGCCCGCCUCAGCCCCAGCGGCCGUGAUCCACCCUAAUCAGAUUACCCAAAUACCACUGCGCUGGGUAGCCGCGCACACGGCCGGGCCACCGCGACCCAGCCACCCAAUCAGACAACCACUUUAACAUGGAGUAAGCCCAGUCCAGCCAUGUCUGCAUGAAGCGUGCUUCUUUUCAAAUGAGCACAGUCCUAAUCAGGCCCUCCUAGAGAAAAAACAAAAUGGAGGUUGUUGAGUGGCAGCAUUAUUUUGUGAUUAUGGAACUUGUAGGUGGACAGAUAGGUAGUCUAUGCUGAUCUGUCAGCUGUUACUGUGGGCCUUCCUGCUCCUAGCGGAAGCCCCAAAUUUAAUGACGAUGGUUUUAUCUUACUCUGAAGAGACCACUGAACCACAGCUCUAGGCAACCCCAGACUUCCCGAAGUGGCACCAGUGUGCAUCUGUGAAUCAGUUGAGCACUACCUCUGCACAGCAAUGCAUGGAGAGACGAUGGGGGGAUUCAUGUUGACAUGGUUUCACCUCCUGAACGCAGCCCUGGUGUCGUUUACAGCGACUAAACUGCCUUCUAACUUUGUUAUUCUACACACACACACACACACACACACACACACACACACACACACACACACACACACACACACACACACACUACAAAUCCAAUCCAUACAUUUAGAAAAAGGAAUUUACUCACAAAGACAACCAGAUUCACACACACACAGACACACACACACACACACACACACACACACACACAUAGUCUCCACCUACUCUUCUGGAUGUGUUUUGUCUAGUGACUGUAAGACACUGCCCUAAAGCCGACAAGUUACUUAAAGUCCUUCCAGCUCCAUUCUGGACACGCAUCAGUCCGCUGGACUCUGGCACACAUCCCUACACAUGCGCACACACACACACACACAUGCGCACGCGCACACACACACACACACACACACACACACACACACACACACACACACACACACACACACACAUUAACCACCUUCUCAUGCUGUAUAGUAUUCCUAGUUUAAAAGACAUGCAGUUGCACAUAGAGCAGCACUCUCCAUGCCCCCAGCCCCUCUCGGACUCUUUGGCUCUCUCACACUCUCUGUCUCCAUCAUAUUCAGAGGCUGUGUGGUUCUUCAGAAGAAAGAAAGUUGACUAUUUUUCUAAAGCGUUGUGACUUGGACGAGGGACCUCGCUAAAAGAUGCCAAAAGAUGCAUGAUGUUACGGAUUUAGUUUUUUAAAAUCUACACCUAUAUACGGAGGCGCUGGGAGGGUGGGGCUUAAGCACCCACGACCAGCCAAUCAGGUGACGGCAAAGAGAAGAACUUUCAAGAUGGCAGGAGGACAAAAAUGACCUCUGAACUGAACUUCAAGACGGCACACACAAACAAACACAUUCAAAUCAACACACACACACACACACAAGCACACAGGAGCACGUUUGCACACACUGGAUCUGAGUAGAGAAAUGUGUUUGUUUAUGUGUGUCUACACAGAUGAGGAUCUUAUCUGGCAAAAAAAAAAAAAAGAAAAACCAGCUUGCACAUCCUCACACUUGGAUCUUUGGAGACUUUACCCGAACCAACAAGACUCAUGAUGAUUACAACAGAAUAAUGAUGAAAAAAAGCAAAUAAAUAAACACAUACAUCAAUAAUGAAUGAGUAACUAUGACAAGAAUCGGACAUCCACCAUGGUGGUCAUGGAUACAAACAUAAGAGAAGAAAAAAACAACUGAUCAUGGGAAAAAAAACAAUCGUUUUGUUUCUUUUCGUUUUGCUCCAUUAAGGUUUGUCUAUUUUUUUCUUUCUUUUUUUUCUGAACGUUGAAACUUUGCAACCACGAUCCGCAUAAGGAGAGGACUUAUUUGGCAGAGGGGUGUGUGUGUGUGUGUGUGUGUGUGUGUGUGUCUGUGUGUGAAUGAGUGCGUGUGUGUGUGUGUGUGUGUGUGUGUGUGUGUGUGUGUGUGUGUGUGUGUGUGUGUGUGUGUGUAUCUGCGCAUGAGGUGACAUGUAGUCCCUUCCUCUUUUUCCCAAAGCCCCUUUGGACGCUGUGAAAUCCCAGUAUAGUGCUGGACUCUCCAACUGGAGCAAACUGGAAUCAGUGGCAAGGACGUUGGCUGAGCUCAUUGGACCGGGGGAGAGGGAGGGGUGGCACGGUGGAACUUGCGCUGAAAGUGAAACCUACUCGACCCAGUCGCUUUCAUGCACCCACACAUACCCUCCCGCAACAGCUCACUCACUCACACAGAAACACACACUCUGUCACAAACAUUAGAGGGAGAUUGGGAUAUGCUGCCUUGUCUGCAGUCCACUCUCCCUCCCUGGUCGUUUGCCCCGCCCCGCCCCGCCCCACCCCACCCUCUCUUCCAUGGAUCUAAUGUUGUUUAGUUGAUUGGUUGGUUUGUUUUUUUUUGGGUUCAUUUUGUCAGUCGUGUCUGUUGUCCCCUCUCUCAGUGGAUUACAGUUGGUUAACUGAAGUGUCUGUGUCUGUGUGUCGGCCUGUUUGUCUUUGUUCAGUCUACCCUGACACCCUGUAUGGUUCAUCUGCAGCUCCAUCAUCCCCAGAGAGGAGUGCUUGCCACCCGCUCCUCCGUUAGUGCUUCACAACUGUGUGAGAUUGCGUGUGGGAUUUUAUCAGUGGACUGAAAACUAAAACACAAGUUGGAAUCCGGGUGGAUGUGAACUCUUGCGGGUUUUGUGGAAAUGUACAAACAAAAAAACAACUUUAUUCAAGAUGACUCUCUUGACACUUUCUGGAAACUGUUGGACAGUUAAAAAAAACUCAUGUGGAUUUUUAUGUCAAAUAAUGCAUGACAAUUGCACUUUCUCAAAAAAAAACCCAACUUCACUCACACACCAUUUUUAAAGCCCCAUGCCCUCGAACAUGUCGACACCAAGACAGACACAGACAACACACAUACACACCCACCCACACACACACACAGACAGAUACAUGCAUACAUACAUACAUACAUACAAACAUACACAGAGAAACAGAGAAACACUAAAGCUUUCAUUUCUUUCAGGCUCCUACUACAUGCUGGCUCUCACGCUUGCCUUGUCAUAUACUGAUGCAAAGAUGCACACGUGAGCAUAGAAGCAAACUAAUGCACACACACACACCGUCACAAGCCGAGAGAGGAGAACACACACGUUCACACACUCACACACACAGCGCCCCUCUUGUUUUUUUUUAAGUUUUUAAUAUUAUUUUGCAAAUGGUGUGGUGUCUGAUUUUGUGUUUGUCCAAGCAGCUUUUAUUCUGACCUCCGACCCAUCUGUCUCCUGGCAACCUGGUGUUUUGGUUCUUUGUGUAAAUGUUGAGAGCGGCCAUUUUGGAUCGAGGAGUUGUGUUGU